GCCGUUAUAAAGCUGACUUUCUCAAGAACUACAUGCCCCUUUAUUCUAGGAAGCAGCCAAAAGAACAAGAGGCCACUGAAGACAAAACUUUCUGCAAACGCCUGCACACGGUGAUGUGCGCAGGCAUCUGUUAGAAGGAGAGAAUGCUCUUCGUUACAGGACUUCUGUGCACCUGUUGACACCCUAACAUGAUUUUCAGCUGAAGAACUGCGAAGUCCUGGAUUUUUUUACCGUGGACCCGAGGAAACUUUGCACGUCAGUAAUUUUUCUAUUUAUCACAAAGAAGAAGAAGAAGAAAGUGGGAACUCCCUUUGGAAGGAACAUAACAAGAUUAUUUUGGAUGCCCUCAGACAGACAAUGGGAAAUAGUACAAAACCAUAGAUGCAGACAUAAUCUCAGUGGUCACUGGUUCCAGUCUCCUCCUUCAGUCCAAAAUCUCGUGUCAUUCGAAAAUCUGUGAAGUUUGAACAAGCAGGCUUCCCAAGAUGUACCGAAUAUCUCAACUGAUGUCAACACCAGUGGCAAGUAAAUGUUCUUCUGGCUCUGAGAGAAGAUAUACUGGAGAGCUGUCUCCCACAUGUGUUUUCCCAAGUUUUGCCUGUGAUUUCCUGGAUGGUGACACGUCCUUCAAAUGCUGCUCUGUAGAUCUCCUAACAGCCUCCCACUUUGCCUGUCGCCGAAGUCCCAGACUCCUCUCCAAUGGAUACUACACUUGGACAGAAGACACUUUCCUCUAUGACAAAGAUGGCAACAUAACUCUGAGCCCACCCCAGACCAGUGUUCUUUACAAGGAGAAUUUAGUGAGAAUAUUUAGAAAGAAAAAGAGAGUGCGCCGUUCCUUUUCUAAUCUCUUCAGCCUCAGUACCUCUAAAUCCUGGCUGCACGGAAACAUCUUUGGUGAUGUUGACUCUUCCUUAAGUGAGGACACCUGGUUAGAGGGGGUCAGGAGGCUGGACAUGGAGCAUUGCAAUGAAACUGGCGGGGAUUCUGACUGUUCCCUGACUGAUGCCUGGGCGUCGGAACAGCCGAAUGUAGCCCCCUCCUCUAGCCAUGCCAUGUCUCAGAUUCCACGACAAAACUCCCACGAUGGGGCUCUUCAGUCUCAUGUGAUGGCUUCUGAACAUUUCCCAGGGAACAUUUUGGAUCGUGCAAAAGCCAGUCUGUGGCAAGAUGUCUCCUUUCCAGCAAUUCUGCUGGCUGUGUUCCUCAUCAUCUGUGCAUGUGCAAGAUGGUUUCUGAAAGGAAUAUUAGUCAGUGUCUACACAUGUUCACUGGUGGUGAUUCUUGCCUAUACCAUCAAGCCAUUAUUUCUUGGCCUUGCCAGCUAUAUCAAAACCACCACCUAUGCUCAGUUUGCCAAAAUUUGACAACCACUUAAGAAUGUCUCUGAUGAAUGCCUUCAAUCUGAAUAUCCAGAAAUUGUCUGAUUUGCAGUCUGCUUGGAAUCAACUGUUUUAUUGGAGGAGAAUGAGGAGCUGGAUAAUUGAGAAAAAAAUAUUUUAAUUUGGUUAUGUGUUUUAAAAAAAAUCUCAUUUUUGUCCUCGUAAUUGUAAUAUGCUCAUGAAAAUAGUAUUAAUUUGUCUUUCCUUUGCAACACUAGCAGUUGAAAAGGACAGACUAGAAACUGUUGUAGAGAAACAACCACCUGGGUAGAUAUUCCUCUCUUAUUCCCCGAGGCAUGGUUUUCAAACAUUAAUUUCCAUUUAGAGAAUUCUAUGAGGCACUUGUAACAAUGCAGAUUCCUGGGUCUGCUCGCAAACUCCUCUUCCUUGCUGAACUGGUUUAAUUGAAUAAUGUAAGCAAGUCUCUGUAAUCAAUACCAAACUUGAAAAUAAAUAAAUCACAGUUUGAGUUUUCUA